CAGGUUUUCCUAAAAUAUUUUUUCUGUUCAGAUGGUACCGUUCCCCAGAACUACUAUUUGGUGCUAGAAUGUAUGGUGUUGGUGUUGACAUGUGGGCUGUUGGUUGUAUUCUAGCUGAGUUGCUUCUCAGGGUUCCUUUCUUGCCAGGAGACUCUGAUCUUGAUCAGCUGACAAGAAUUUUUGAAACACUGGGCACUCCAACAGAAGAACAGUGGCCUGGAAUGACAAAUCUUCCGGAUUACGUCACAUUCAAGUCUUUCCCUGGAAUGCCUCUUCAACAUAUCUUCAGUGCAGCUGGUGAUGAUUUACUUAAUCUUCUACAAGGAUUAUUUACGUUUAAUCCUUGUUCUAGAGUUACAGCCACUCAGGUAUAGUACACUUGUUUAUGU